AUGGGACUUGGCACUUUUAUCGAUUAUAAAACACCUGUUAUGGAUAAUGAUUGUCGUUUUAAUGUGAAAAAGGAGAACGAUUACGAUGAUAAUGGUACUUCAAAACAUGUUCACAUAACGCCGAAGUCAUCCACAUCGUUAGUCGACGCACAUUCACCUUCUACAAAUAUUUCACAGUCGACUGAAACGCCAAAUAUUUUUCCAAAUGGAUCAUAUGUAAAAACGGAAGACUUUUUAAAAAGCGGUACUGAAUUGAAUGGGUCAUCUUUAGCGAGUCAACAAGGUCAACAGAAUUUAGUGCAUAAAAAAGAGAUGACACUUGAAGAUCAUAAUUUGUUAACUGAUUUUUCGUAUUACGAUUCAGUAGCAUCAACAUCAAGCAAUAAUGAAGCAAAUAUUAACGACAAGUCUUCAACUGAUUACUCUGGUUAUAAUAAAUCGACUGUUAUUUCAUCACAAAGCGUCACGAAUGGAAACCAUUUAAUUAAUAAAAAUCAUUAUAAUCUUGUUGAUAAUCUAUUAACGGCGAAUGAUUCGAAUGCACAAUUCACAUCCGGAGAAUUUGCUGUAGAAAAAGUACCACCACUUUCGCCUUCAUCUGCGAUUGUACCAAAUUUUCCAUGCAGACAAAUGAAAAUAGAUUUAUAUCACCCGUUUAAAGAUAUUUGUGAACCUUUACAAGAUUCUCAACAGCGAAAAAUAUCUUCCACGAUAUCUUCUUCGGAUGUUGAACAUCGUCCAACCACGGAUGAUCAGUUAUGCCUUCCUAGUGAACAGACUAUCAAUAAAGCACUAGCUCUUCUUCAACGUCCGUCUACGAUUUUACCUAAAGCAGAACAGAAAUCAGCAGUACAUUCCAAAUCACAUAUUUCUAGUUAUACCUCUCCAUCAAAAAAAGAAGUUACGAAAAGGAGGACGAUGCAAGAACGACUUGAUAGAUUGCGGGACUGUGGAGUGCUUGAAGUUGAUAUAACAAAAUUGGAAAAGGCUAAUACGACUCAGUUGGCAAUGCUUAUGCGUCGAUUCAAAAAGCAAAUGCCAAUCAGAAAAUAUUUAUCAGAUGAGCUUAUUCAACACAUUUUCGAAAAAGAAACUUGUGAUCAUUUUGGUAAAACAGGAGCAGAAAUUGCAGGAGGAAUCGGAAUAGCAACUUUAAGGAUAAUCUCUUCUGCAACGUCACUUGCAUUAAAUGAUCCAAAUGACUCCGAAGCUACUGAAAUGAGUACAGAUGACGAUGAAGAUGAAUUUUUUCUUCCUUCAACAUCAUCAGUUUCGAAAUCCACAUUAGCAUCGAAACAUCCAAAUGCUUCUAUGCGCAUGAGUAAAUCGCUUACCACAUUCCGUUUUCAUCAAGAGCGAGUGCAAAUGGGAACUUUAGAUACUCGAUUAGCAUUAGCUAUUGAUGAAUGCUCAGAUCAGAUCGAAUGUAUUAAUUCUCAGUUAACUGAACUGCGUAAUAGGAAGCAAAGCUUAUGUGCGAAAAGCGAAUCGGCAGACGUUAAUUGUGCUCGAUGUAUACCAAUUAAUUCACAUUUACGACGAAAGCUUAUUAAGGUUUCAAGUAUCCUCUGGAACAAUGCAUCAGAUGAUGCGGUAGCUACAUCGACAUCUGCGAUGGAUCGAAUGAAAGCUUAUUCAAAUAUUGAUCACCAUCUUCACCCUCAUUUUUCAUUGCCUUCAAUGAUACCAGUUGAGCGACGUAUAGAAUUAUAUGUGAAGCGCAGGUCGAAUCGACCUUGUCGAUAUCUCCGGAAAAGAUUGGAUUUACCACCUUGGAUUUCAUCACCUUCGGAUUUAAAUAAUAAUGAAUCGAAAAAAAAUAUCGGUAGUACAAAAGUUGAUGAGAAGAGAAAGAGGAAAUUAGAAAAUUUGGAUGAGGAUGACUGUGUAAGUGAUAUGCAGGACGAGGAAUAUUUACCGUGGAAGAUUGCUCGUCGAAAUAAAUAUAAACGGCAAUCGUCACCACUGAAACGAGCUCAUCAAAAGUUGAUAAGGCGAUCAUUGGAUCAAAAGCGACAUCACGAACAAAAAUUGCACCGCAGAGCUCGAUUGGUGGCAGGAAAAAUCAAGGACUUUAAACAACAAACGUUCACUGGUGUAGAUCUCGAUGAUGCUCUUCCUGGUCUCCCUCAAAAGAUCGAUUAUAAAGAAAUAAGCAUUCCUAGAUUUUGCUAUAAGCCUUUGAACAUCUCCAUUAUAUCAGUGGAUUCACCUUGUACUCACCUUGCACAUAGUUCCACGCCGAUUGAAAUAGCAAAACGGCAUUUAUCUUUGGAAUUAGAGGAACGAAAGCGCUUUCAGCAGUACAGAGAUUAUAUGGCAUCGAAAGUGGAUCAGAGUACAGAUUCGAAAACAUCUUCUUUGCAGUUGAAACAACCAAAUAAAAAUGUGCCGACUGGAUCAGUCUUGAUUGAUUCAAGAGAGGAUUCGACAUCGGCAAAUCUUUCAUUACGUGUAAAUUUAGACGAUUCUCUCAUUGCUGGUGAUUAUGAUCGCCUUUCAGUUGUAGAGCCAUAUUCACCACGUUCUUAUUCAAACAUAGUUUACGGUGAUGAACAUAUGGAUGAUGAGUAA